CGGAGACCGACUUCCAAAGUAGCGACUUAUCAAGGAUUAUGAGUGAUUACCGCUAAUCAGAUAGUGAGUAAAAUACAUAUGCAAGUCACCCAUGCGAGGCCACCACCCCUCAUGGCACGAGCUUUCUAAGAUUCAUGACCCACUCCUAGAGUGAUUGCGACUCGCCGAACUUGGAAAGCUCAACACCAGCUAUAAUAACACCCGACAGUCGCCUUCCUCUUCCGCAAUCUUCACAGCAACAUUUUGUCUGCACACUCCUAUACCUACAAGAUGCCCGGCCGACCAACCGUCAGUGCUUCCGACCCAGUGUUGGACGCAAUCGCGGUCAUCGGAAUCGGAUGUCGCUUCUCCGGAGGAGCUAGCUCGGUGGAAGAUUUCUGGCAGAUGUUAUGUGAUGGACGUACUGGACACGGAAAGAUCCCUCCCAGUCGAUAUGAAUCUUCAGCGUGGCACCACCCAAGCCAUGACCGGAAGGGCGCGAUCAACCAUGAUAGCGGGUUCUUUCUGAAAGAAGAUCCAGCAUGUUUCGAUGCGCCGUUUUUCUCAAUUACGGCUAAGGAGGCGGCGGGAAUGGAUCCAGCACAGCGAUUAUUGCUUGAGGUCGCCUAUGAGACCUUUGAAAAUAGUGGAAUCCCAAUCGACACACUACCAGGGAGUAAUACGGCUGUAUAUUCCGGUUCAAUGACCAAUGAUUAUGAGUUACUAUCCACGAGAGAUAUUUAUGACAUGCCUCAUAACGCUGCUACGGGAAAUGGAAGGACAAUGCUAGCAAAUCGCCUGUCAUGGUUCUUUGAUCUUCAAGGCCCGAGUAUAAUGAUGGACACAGCAUGUUCUUCCAGCCUAACAGCGGUUCACCUGGCAGCUCAAGCUUUACGCUCUGGCGAAUGUGGAAUGGCGCUGGUGACUGGUGCCAGUUUGAUUUUGCAUCCGAAUUUCACGCAGAGGCUCUCUUACAUGCAUAUGAUGAGCCCUGACGGUACGAGUCAUUCUUUUGAUGAGUCCGCUAAUGGCUACGGGCGAGGUGAAGGCAUUGGUGCUGUGCUGCUGAAGCCUGUUUCCGCCGCUCUGGCCGAUGGAGACCACAUUCGUGCCAUCAUUCGGGGCACCGGGAUCAACCAGGAUGGAAGAACUCCUGGAAUUACCUUACCAAGCCCAACAUCUCAGGCCAACUUGAUUCGAUCAACUUAUGAGAGACAUGGGCUUUCAAUGAGGGACACCGCCUACUUUGAGGCUCAUGGAACAGGCACACCGGUCGGAGACCCCAUAGAAUUAUCAGCGGUUGGACUGACUUUGGGCCAAGCCCGAACACCAACUGAUGAGCCGAUAUAUGUAGGCUCGGUGAAAACAAAUCUUGGUCACACGGAAGGAGCGGCGGGAGUUGCCAGUUUAAUUAAAGUCGUCCUCUGUCUGGAGAAGGGCAUGCUGGUACCAAAUGCCGGCUUCAAGAGCAUCAACCCCAAGAUCCGACUUGAUGAUUGGAGGAUUCGCCUAAGCAACGAUAUGAUACCAUGGCCGGAGCAUCUUCCACAGAGGGCUAGUAUCAACUCUUUUGGAUUCGGUGGAUCGAACGCUCAUAUCAUUGUUGAAAGCACCAAGAACGCCUUCAGGCUUUACGAGGAGGAAGAAGAGGCAACCCCUCACGUGGUGGUCUUCUCAACUUUUGAUCAACCUGGAAUUGAACGAAUCGGCCAAAGCUGGAGUGACUUUAUCAAGCGGCAACAAUCCCUCGAACGUGACAUCCCGUUGAAAGACCUCUCACACACAAUGCUUGCACGCCGAUCGCACUUGGGAUUCCGCAGCUUUGCAGUCGCCAACUCUCUGGACCAGUUGCGCAGUACUCUGGAGAAGGGUCUCCCCAAAUUCUCUCGGGCAAGUCGCAAAGCCCAAACGAGACUCGCCUUUAUUUUCACCGGCCAGGGUGGCCAGUGGGCCGGAAUGGGCAAGGAGCUUCUCAGAAUCCCAACUUUCAAAGAAAGCAUGGCUCGGUCCCAAGAGAUUCUUGCAUCACUCGGUUGUCCAUUCGAUAUUGUUCAGGAGCUUCGAGCAAGCGCAAAGGGCAGCCAGAUCAACCGACCCGAUCGCAGUCAACCCAUAACAUGUGCCCUGCAGAUUGCCCUUGUUGAUCUAUUGGCAAGCUGGUCCAUUUUUCCAAAUGCGGUGGCCGGUCAUUCCAGUGGUGAAAUUGCCGCUGCUUACGCUGCUGGAUUUCUCUCUCAAGCUGAUGCCAUGCGUGUGUCAUGGGUUCGCGGCUUUUACUCUCAGCAAAUCUCCGAGAGUGACAAAAGGGGAGGAAUGCUGGCCACGGGUAUAUCCUCAGAGGAUGCCCAAAAAUACCUUGAUGAGCUUCCUCCUCGCUCGGUGGUCGUUGCAUGCGUGAACAGUCCUUCGAGCACAACUCUGUCGGGUAAUGUGGACUUGAUCGAUCAACUUGAGAAGAAACUCCAACAAGACGGACAUUUCGCCCGCAAGCUACGAAUCGACACUGCUUACCAUUCUCCACAUAUGGAAGACUUAGUCGAGGUUGUCGGCAACGCAAUUGCAUGCAUCAAACCUGAAGACAGAUACGAUGGGACAAUUCCCAUGCUGUCUUCCGUCACCAAGAAACGAGUUCAUUCUGCCGAUGUGGGUGGACCGUACUGGGUGCGCAAUAUGGUCAGUUCGGUCGAAUUUACUGCCGCUGUCACGGAGCUGGCAAACUUGAGCGAAUCUAGCAAGACUCGCCGACGCCCAGUUCCCGUCAAAUGGACGACUCUGUUUGAAAUUGGUCCCCACUCGGUGUUGAAGGGCCCCGUCACACAGAUCCUGCAAAAGGUCAAUCCCAGCAUGACGACACUCCCAUACUAUACUUUAGUUGCACGCAAUAAAAAUGCUUUGCGAACAUCGAUGGAUGUUGCGGGAUCUCUGUGGAGCACAGGGCAUUCCAUUGAUCUUGCUGCGGUGAAUGACUGCGUGAAUCCUACGGCACCCAAGAUGGUCAUUGAUUUGCCUUCCUACCCCUGGAACCAUCAGAAUUCAUUCUGGCACGAGCCUUUAGAGACAGCUCAAUUGAGACAGCGCAAACACCCACGUCACGAUAUUCUUGGAGCUCCUUUGGACUACCAGAAUGCCCUUGAGCCUCGAUGGAGAAAUUUCCUACGACUUUCAGAGAAUCCCUGGAUGUCUGAUCAUGUCGUCGCCGGAACAAUUGUCUUCCCAGCCGCCGGCAUGAUGGUGAUGGCCAUCGAGGCCGCACGUCAGCUAGCGCAUGGUCAAGGCAAAGUCCAGGGAAUUGAGUUCCAAGAUCUGCACUUCAUGCGAGGAGUUGUUGUGCCCAAUGAGGAACGUGGCUUGGAAACUCUUCUCCAAGUUUCACCCCAUCCCGGGAUGGCAGGCUGGUAUGAAUUUGGGAUUUUCUCGCUCCCCUCCGGUGGUAGUUGGAUCCAGCAUGCAAAAGGUGCAUUCAUCCCCCGGUUUGAGAACCCCAAGCACAGCGAGCAUGCUGCAAACUGGGCGGCAACCCUGGCACGUAUCAAGGAUACACAGUCGAUUGCUCAGAAGGGGGAUCUUGAACAGGCAUACUCAUGGCUGUCUCAAACUGGAGGACUCACCGUGGGCCCAUGCUUCAAGACCACGGCGGAGGUUUUCUUCUGCGAAUCCGAACCCCGUAUUUGGUUGUCGGGAGUUGUGACUGAUACUAGGCAAGGCAUGCCGUAUGAGCGGGAGACGCCCAAUUUCAUUCACCCGACUACUCUCGAUUGUCUUUUCCAAUCCGCACUGCUGUCAUGCUCAGAAGCUCUCUCUAGCACUAGCGCCAAUAUUCCCAUUGGUGUGGAUCAUGCCUAUAUCUCGGACUGCUUCCAGCCUCAAACGGGUGAAGAAUUUAUCGUCCACACAGAGACACAGUGGCGGGAUGGAAAAUCCCAAUCUCAGUGCAUUGCUUCAGACCCCUCGUUAUCUCAGCCUUGGAUUACCUUCGACGGUGUCCAUCUUGGUCGCCUUCCCUUCAACCCGAACUCGCCAAAGCAAGAAGAAACUGGCUCCCAGAGUCGGUUUUCGUCUAUUAUCUGGGAUGAACAUUUGGAGUCACCGAUCAUCACUAGUCGAAUCUGUCCCGAUGGAACCAAGAGCAGCGCUGUUAAAGUCAGCGAGCUCCUGCUAAAAGAUUGGGUCGACCGUCUCUGCCAUACUAACGGUGAUGGAAAUGCGUUGAUUGCUACUUCCGACACGUCAAGUGCUUGGAUUCAAAGUCUCGCAAAGUACGGGCCGAACAGUGGAAAGCGUCCUUGCCUGAGAAAGGUGACCGCGGCUUUAUGCGGUGUAACAGAAGACAAACAAGCCACGAAUGACGUGUUGGGAGCCCAAAUUGUCCCAGCUGUCACAAUCGCUGAUCUUGCAUCUGCUGUCCCUCCGGAGGAAGCGUAUGACGUUAUCCUCAUCGAUGAGCUUGAUCUUUGGAAUGACAAUGCCUCUCAGCCCCUUCUGCCGUUCCUGAGCAGUGCUCUCGAUCGCGGAGGGUUUGCCGCUUUGAAGGUCUCCGAAUCGACCGUGGCUUUAGCAGCAGAAGCCCUGAAUGGAUUUGAUGGUCUUGAAAUUCACAGUCUUACUUCAGACCGUACCUUCAUUGUAGUUCGCAAGAAGCCGGCCUCGUGGACCACGGAUUCAGAGAUUUAUGUUUUGAGCAAUGACGACAAGUCAAAUUCCUCAUCUGUCUUUGUCCAUCUCGAGAAGGUGUUUGCGACUCACAAUGUCCGCGUGGUGCCUAUUGGUUUGGAUCAGGUAUCUGAGCAUGAAGGAAAGACGGUCAUCUCAUUGCUGGAUCUUUCUGGACCCUGGGUUACCAACUGGACACCAAAGGGUCUCCAGCAACUGCAGCAACUGGUUCGGGCCCAGUACGUGCUUUGGAUCUCGCCUUUCUGGGCUCAAGGAAACGUGCAAAAUGCUGCUCACGGCGCUACAGCCGGACUUUUGCGAACUCUCCGCAAUGAGCACUUCAGCACUACAAUUCCUCAACUACUGGUGGAUGUUGAUGAUCUGCAAGAUGAAUUCGGUCUGGCCUGUGGCAUUUUGCAGGUCAUGCAAUUGACUAUGCAGGAAAGCUCGCGUCGCGCUGACCUCGAAUACCGGCUGACAAAGAGCCGACUCUUGGUCCCCCGAGUUCUUCAGACUGCGGCGGUGGAUGAAGCAAUGUAUACUCUAUUGAAGGGGCCUAAGCCUGUCCCUGCCGAUCUCAAGCAUGAUGCAAGACCGCUUGAUCUGAAGUUCCAAGAUGGGAAGGAAGCAUACUGGGAGGAGAAGCAGGGCUUCAAAGAACUACAAGCAGAUCACGUUGAGCUAAAGGUAGAGAUGGCCACUGUCUUUGAUAUCAAUGGGGAUUCUGGAAAGACGCCUGAGUCAGCUCUUCCAAUGUUUGAGGUUGUUGGAAGAGUCAACCAAGUCGGAUCAGGCGUCCGUGACUUGGCCAUUGGUGAUAAAGUGUUGACCCUAACCUCCGCGGAAUUGGGACUUUCAACAACCUUGCGUGUUCCCGAAAGUGACACGAUCAAUAUGCCGGCUCUUGCGGAUCCAACGCAAGCUAUCUCGGCUCCUCUUGCAUAUCUGAACGCCCACCAAAUCUUGACUGAAGUUGGACGCCUGGGCGCUGGAGCCUCAGUUCUCUUGGUUGGCUCAAUCAGCCAGACCCUUCGAGCCAUGAUUGACUUUGCCCUCAGCAUGGACAUGGUGGUCAUCGUUGCGACUGACUGUCAAAACACCGCGGACGUCCUUUCCUCUCGCUACCCAAGCUUGAAGGAUAGGAUUCUUGGUAUUCACAGCGGACUGGAGGCGAGCGUGUCUAGACUGACCAAGGGUUGUGGAGUUGAGGCUACGAUCUCAUUCCUCGGUGGGUAUUCUGGCCGAGUUGCUGCCAAAUGCCUUGUUGGAGGAGGACAGUACAUCAACCUGUCCAAUGAGAUGAAGCUAAGCGCUCUUCCCGAAGGCUUCAUCGACAGCGGCUGCACUUUCUCCUCUCCACAGCUGCGAAGAGCCUUCUCUGAGAAGCCAGGCAGCCUUCAUGCUUCAGUUCGGAAGGUGAUGAGCUUCAUGAAGGACCAGCAACUGCUGCAUCGUGUGGAAGCGUAUCAGCUAUUCCCCGUUUCUGAUAUCCAGCAGGCUUUCCAAUGUUGCAAGGAGACCAAUGGCAGAGUCAUCGUUGACCUUCAAGCUCCAGGCCAAGUUCCUAUCAUUCUUCCAUUGCCGGAGUUUACAGAAUUGCCAUCUGAAAAGACCUACAUCUUGGCAGGUGGGCUAGGCACUCUCGGCCUCGCACUAGCCGAGACCUUGGUAGAGUCUGGAGCCCGUCAUUUGGUUUUCCUUGGCCGAUCAGGAGUUGCUCAAAAAGAGCAGAAGACUGCCCUUGAUUUGCUUCGGGGUCGUGGAUGCCGUGUAGAUGUCCUUCGCUGCGAUAUCUCCAAGGCGGAAGAUAUGGAGAAUCUCUCUUCGGAAAUCACCAAAAAAGACUGGAAUGUUGCCGGUGUCAUUCAAUGCACCACAGUUCUGAAGGAUGCCAUGUUUGAGAAUAUGACUUUCGAGGAGUGGUCACAGUCAACAGAUCCCAAGGUUCAGGGAACAUUGAGAUUGCACCAGCUGUUCUCUGAGCGAGAAGGGCUUGAAUUCUUUGUGACGCUCUCCUCUGUUUCCAGUGUCAUGGGUAACAUGGGGCAAGCUAACUAUUGCGCUGGUAACGGGUUCAUGGACGCGCUCAUGGAGUGGCGCCGAAACCAUGGCCUGGCCGGCAUUUCUAUCAACGCCGGUCUUGUCCCAGAUGCUAGCGGAGUCAGUGAUAUCGUGAAAGAUCAAGAGGAACGCCUUCGUCGAUAUAACAAUUUUAGAGGCACUGAGAUUUUAACCCACGAGCUUCAGACUCUGCUUCGAGUUAUCAUCAACAGCAAGCUCUCCCUUCCGCACCAGAUUAUUGCUGGUAUGGCGGACUCUCUGUCACGCAAGAAUGCACCCACCUCCUGGCUACUUGACCGCAAGUUUGAUCAUCGUCUCUCACUCGCGACUGAAGAAGAUACCUCCUCUGCCGCUUCUACGGCCACUUUGCUCAAGAAAGCCGAUUCUGUUGAAACGGCAGCUCAGAUUGUUCUCGAUGCUCUGAGCGAGUACUUGGCAACGGCCAUGGCUACAACGGCCGACUCUAUCGACGCUGAUUUACCCUUGUCAGCCUUGGGUGUGGAUUCACUCAAAGCAACUGACGUUCAAAACUGGGUCUCUCGUGACCUGGGCGCUGAACUGUCCUCAUUUGAAUUCCUCGGCUCGCAACCGACUAAGACGCUAGCCAAGAAAAUUGCCUCGGCCAGUUCGUUCGUCUCGGUGUCCAGCUGAGGGUCCCAUCGUGGACUUAGUGGUAACGAGUACGCAAGCAAUGUGACAUCCAGGAAUAUUGUAAGUGGUGGGGAUUGAUUUCUUCCUUGCUUUUGGCGUUUUGAGUGAAUUUUUGGGGCGUUCGCAGACUCUCGCAUCCCAACCGUUUUCCAAGAAUGUUAUGUCAUGCUCUAGUUUUAAAGGUAUCGCAUAAUUUCACGAAUUUUGUUUGAACAAUUAGGGGCCAUUGCUACAUAUCUUCAACGUUUCAUUACAUA